AUGAAGCUUCUUCUCGCCGCCGUCUGCGCCCUCCUACUCCUGCUGAACGCUGGUCAUGCGGAGUCCCGGCGCCAUGGCGACAGCGACUCCGAGCGGCAGUACAAGCUGUUCGUGUUCGGCGACGAGUACGCCGACACCGGCAACUACCCGGCAGCAGACUUGACCAAGACGACGCGCGCGUGGUACUACCCGUACGGCAGCAACGACAAGGAUCACGGCGCCACUCCAAGCGGCCGCUUCUCCAACGGCUUGGUCCUCCCUGAUUUCGUCGCAAGGAUUCUGGGGCUGGAUGAGUCACCUCCGGCGGAAAGGAAGAGGGAGCAGGACGGGGUCGACCCGUCUGGCAUGAACUUCGCCGUCGGCGGCGCCGGCGUGGUCGAGGGGACGGGGGAGGCUCCGAAGCUCGGCAGGCAGGUCGAAAAGUUCAAGAGGAUGGUCAGGCACGGCAUCAUCGACGACGACCUCACGGACUCCGUCGCGCUCAUCGCCUUCUCCGGCAGACGCGACUACGAGCGCUUCCACGACAUGACCAACACCGACGUGAAGGCCAUGGCCCAGGACGUGACGGACAAGAUCGCCGACGCCGUGGAGCAGCUGAUGGACCUGGGCGUGGAGAAGGUGGUGGUGACCACGCUGCCCCCGCUCGGCUGCACGCCGGGGCUGUCCAAGUCCAAGGACGGCGUCUACGACGCCAAGUGUGACAGCCAGAAGGUCACGAGCAUCCACAACUCGUACCUCGAAGAGAAGGUGUUCCAGAACAAGGACGUCUUCAACCUCGACCUGAAAGCUGCCUUCAACCGCCACGCAGGCCCGUCGUCGCGGUCGAAGCAGUUCAAGUACAAGCUGGAGCCGUGCUGCGAUAGCUUCGACCAGGGCGGGUACUGCGGGCAGACGGAGGACGGCGAGCCGCAGUACAACCUGGGCUCCAAGCCCAGCAAGUUCUUCUACUGGGACGAUAUCAACCCGACCCAUGCCGGCUGGAAGGCCGUCGUCAAGGAGUUCGAAGAGUCCAUCAAGAACUUCCUGCAUAUCUAG